AUGGCGUUCGUCACAGGGGUGGGAGGCCUGUCGGCCUACUUCAGCAAGCGCAGCAUCCCAGGGUUGGUGACCGGGCUGGGACUUGGCGCUGUGUUUGCCGUCGGUGGGUACUGGGUGACGACCAACCAGCCGGAGAAACAUCAGGCGGCACACCAGAUGUCCCUGAUCUCGUCAGUCCUCUUCGCAGGGGCCAUGGGGUACCGGGCCUCUGCCAACCCCUACGCCGGCCCUGGGGGAAACAUGCUGGCAGCCCUGGGCAUCAUCUCCUCCGCCUAUCACCUGACCAAGAUGCUGGAGUGGCAGGCCUACGAACAGCAGCGCAUCGAGGCGGCCAGCAGGCUGCUUGCGCAGUACCAGACCGGCACGGUACCGCAUCAGGACGGCGAGGCGGGACCCAUCAUGCCACCCAGGCGACCCGCGCCCCCCGGGGGGUUUUAG